GACGAUGUGAUUAAUAACAGUUUCGGGGACAGGACUGUGGUAUCGGUGGGGAUAAAUGCUCCUUGGUGUCUGUGUCCCUCCAUCUCCCUCAGCAGCAGCAGGCGAUCAACCAACUGUCCACCUGUUCUGCUGUUCCAGACAGCAUCCAGGUGAGCCUCAGAUGGAAAGAUGGGAAAAGCACUCAAUGAUCUGAUGCAGUACUGGAGGCUUUACCUGUUGACGUUGGUAUUGGGAAUUGGGGGAUCAUUUCAAUAUGGGAUGCAAGUUUCCAUCAUGUCUUCUCCAGCAGAGCACAUACAGAGCUUUGUGAACCAGACCUGGCUGGGGAGGUAUGAGGUUCCAGUAGACGAUUCCACCAACAUGCUCAUCUGGUCUUUCAUCGUAUCUGUGUUUAGUCUAGGAGGAUGGGUCGGGGCUAUCCACAGUGGCAGUCUCCCUGUCACCUACGGCCGGAAGAAAGCCCUGCUGUUCAACAACAUAGUGGCCCUUGUAGCCGCUCUACUGAUGGUAUUCAGUUUCAUGGCCAAGUCCUUUGAGAUGAUCCUGCUGGGCAGAUUUCUCUAUGGAUAUAAUGUUGGCAUGGGGCUGAGUGUGCACCUGAUGUACCUGGGCGAGAGUUCACCUAAGAAGCUGAGAGGAUUCCUGACCCUCACUAGCUCCAUCUUUAUUGGCUUAGGGAAGGUCAUGGGACAGAUUGUUGGCAUCAAGGAGGUGAUGGGUACAGAUGACAUGUGGCCCUGGCUCAUGGCCCUUGGUGGCCUCCCUGCCAUCAUCCAGUUUGUGACCCUGCUCUUUUUCCCAGAAGCACCUCGCUACCUGUACAUCGACAAAGGCGACACAGAGGGCUCAAAAAAAGCCCUGCAGUGGCUGUGGCAGGAGGAUGACCUGAAGAUGGAGAUGGAUGACAUGGAGAAGGAGAGGGAGAGCAUGCAGGGCCAGAAGUCUAAGACAGUGUGGGACGUGCUGACUUCUCGCUGUGUCAGGUGGCAAGUGCUGGCUCUGGUCAUCCCCUGUGCCUUUGUUCAGUUUUGUGGUAUUAACGCAAUUUAUUUCUACGCUUUUGACAUAUUCCGUGAAUCUGGAGUAGCAGAGGACAAUAUGCACUACCUGUCCAUUGGCAUCGGAACAACAGAACUCAUCUCCAUCAGUCUCUGUUCUCUGUUGAUAGACCGUGCGGGCAGGAAGAUGCUGAUGGGCUAUGGCUACCUGUUGAUGGGAGUCAUCAUGUCCAUCCUUGUUGUUAUGCUGUCCAUCAAGGACCUGUUUUCAUGGUUCCCUUAUGUUAACAUCGCCCUCAUCUUCUCUGUCAUCUGUGUUUAUGGACUAGGACCUUCCGGGGUGUCCAUGGCCCUCCCUGCAGAUCUCUUCCUGCAGGCCUGGAGACCGUCCGCCUACGUCAUCAGCGGCUCCGUCAACUGGCUAGGUCUGUUCCUCAUCGGGAUGUUCUUCCCCUACAUAGUGGAUGCUCUAGGCCAGUUCUGCUUCCUGGUCUUUGUGGCAUACUGCAUGUUCAGCUCAGCGUUCAUGCUCUACUUCAUCCCAGAGACCAAAGGCAAGAGCAUGGUGGAGAUCAUGGAGGACUUUAACAAACUCAACUACAAGAAUAGGGGGACAGACACCGAAAAGGCUGACUUUGUUUUGGAAACAACAUUUUGAGAACAUUUGUAUAUACAGUAUACACUACCGUUCAAAAGUUUGGGGUCACUUAGAAAUGUCCUUGUUUUUGAAAGAAAAACAUUUUUUUUGUCCAUUAAAAUAACAUCAAAUUGAUCAGAAAUACAAUGUUAAUGUUGUAAAUGACUUGUAGCUGAAAAUGGCAGAUUCUUAAUGGAAUAUCUACAUUGGCAUACAGAGGCCCAUUAUCAGCAACCCAUCACUCUUGUGUUCCAUUGGCACGUUGUGUUAGCUAAUCCAAGUUUAUCAUUUUAAAAGGCUAAUUGAUCAUUCGAAAACCCUUUUGCAAUUAUGUUAGCACAGCUGAAAACUGUUGUGCUGAUUAAAGAAGCAAUUACAACUGGCCUUUAGACUAGUUGAGUAUCUGGAGCAUCAGCAUUUGUGGGUUCAAUUUCAGGCUCAAAAUGGCCAGAAACAAAUAACUUUCUUCUGAAACUCGUCAGUCUAUUCAUGUUCUGAGAAAUGAAGACUAUUCCAUGCGAGAAAUUGCCAAGAAACUGAAAUUCUGGCCCAACGCUGUGUACUCCCUUCUCAGAACAGCACAAACUGGCUCUAACCAUAUUAGAAAGAGGAGUGGGAGGCUGGCCUUCUAGGCAGAGUAGCAAAGAAAAAGCCAUAUCUCAGACUGGCCAAUUAAAAGAAAAGUUGAAAAUGGGCAAAAUAACAGACACUGGACAGAGAAACUCUGCCUAGAAGGCCAGCAUCCCGGAGUUGCCUCUUCACCGUUGACAUUGAGACUGGUGUUUUGCGGAUGCUAUUUAAUGAAGCUACCAGUUGAGGACUUGUGAGGUGUCUUUCUCAAACGAGACAUGUAAUGUACUUGUCCUCUUGCUCAGUUGUGUACCGGGGCCCCCCACUCUUUAUAUUCUCGUUAGGGCCAGUUUGCGCUGUUCUGUGAAAUUUCUAAGUGACCCUAAACUUUUGAAUGGUAGUGUAUAUUUUUUUAUGUACUAUACAGUUCUUUCUAAAAGCCCAAAGCUGUUAAACAAUGGACCAGUUUCCUGGAAACAGAUGAAGCCUAGUCCUGGACUAAAAAAAAUACAUGCUCUGCUUAAUCUGUGUCUGGAAAUUCAAGUGAAAAAUAUGUUUAGGUAAGGACUACUUGAUAUAACAUGUCGAUUCAAUAUGGUAUGUUAUCAUUGAUUAUACAACAAGACACUAGAUUAGGGCCCUCUGUUUCAUGACUGUAAACCUAUUAGAUCAAUACCAUUUCUGAUGUCAGUGUGGUAUUUAUUAACUUGUUGAAACCUGCAAUGACAUCAACCCCAAUGACAUGACACUGAAAACAAAACAAUGUUCCUGGGAAAGAAUGGCAUAUCUGUCUGUCCUUUCCAACACCUGAAUGUCACCACCAGUAUGUAGCAGAUGUCUGUGCAGUUUGACUGUCUGGAAGGGAGUAAAAAUAUAGAUGUAUAUUACACUCUAUUGUGUUUCAUCAAUAAUGUAGCCUUUACGCUACAAUGUUCUAUUCUGCACUAAUCUAUUCUGCACAGUAACAUCGUUCAUUUUCUACUUGUGGCCACAUGAAGAGCUUGAAUCCAGUCAGCGACAUGGCUAAAUAAGUGAACCAUUGAUGUGUCAUGAAAAGUAAAUCAAAGUCAACUCAUCCAAAACUAUGGCACAAUAACACACCCAGGAACAAUUUCAAAUACAUAUUUAUUUCAUCCCCAACUCUGUAUCAAUCAGACAGAGAUGACAGACUCAAAAACAGUGUACAAAAACAGACGUCUAUAGAAAAGUAUGCUUAUAUUGAAAUAUGUCCAAAGGUUUAAUAAAACAUGUAACUUAAAAAUGUUUAAAGUUGAAGAAUCUUGACAAGUACAAUGAUAAAAUACCAACAUACAUAUACAAAUGUACAUCUUCUUUGUGUGCAUGUUAUGUGUACAAAAGUGUCAUUGCAAUUCACUCUGCGCAUGAUUGACCAUUUAUAGAAAUAGGUCCUUUUUCAUCUCGCAUUUCAAAUCUACUGCUGUGCACAAUCAGUAUUGGGAAGGCACUUUGCAACAGACCAACAUAACAAUACAAGAAAACAACACAGGUAAGUAUCUAAGCAAUCAAUCAAUAAAAACAUCCUAUAAAUUUAACUACCAAAACAGGUGAGAUAAACAAACAACCAAAACCACCAGAUGAAUUGAAUAGCAUGUAUGGGCGAUCACCAGUGUUGCAUAUCAUAUGAGCAUAUUUCUAAAAACAGCAUUGUCUCUUACUUAUCCAAUAAAUAACACAAAUAAACAGGCCUUUUUAAAUGGAUUUUUACUCCAUCCCCUGUGUGAAAAGCAUCACUAUUCAGUGGGGAUAUUA